AAUCGGAGAUUUCGCUCAAAACGGGUUCGACUGGUCGCACGAUCGCUCCGCUUUCGCAACCUUGCGAAAGCGACGCGACAAGUAACCGCGCGAGCAAGCAAGUGUGCGUGCAUAAGGAACAAACAAGCAAAACAACGCCCCUGCACACCCGCUGAAGCCGGCGUUCUCCUGCCUACCCUGUCUGGCCACCACAAGCAGUCGGCCAACAUGGCAGAUCAGGCGCCGAGCAAAUCUGAUAUUACGACGAUUUUUAAGCGACUCCGGUCAAUACCAGCGAACAAGGUGUGCUUUGAUUGCGGUGCCAAGAACCCGACAUGGGCCAGUGUCACCUAUGGCGUGUUCAUCUGCAUGGACUGCUCGGCAGUGCACCGGUCCCUGGGGGUGCACUUGUCCUUUGUGCGGUCCACCCAGCUGGACACCAACUGGACCUGGCUACAGAUACGUGCCAUGCAAGUGGGAGGCAAUGCCAAUGCGGUGUCAUUCUUCCAGCAGCACAGCUGUACCAGCUCAGAUGCGCAGCAGAAGUAUAACAGCCGUGCUGCGCAGCUGUACCGGGAGAAGCUCCACCAGCAGGCCGCCACAGCGAUGCGCGUCUAUGGGACCAAUCCGCUGAUGGAUCACCAUGAGAAUGCACCAGAAAGCCCAGACUCCAAGGAGGAGCACGACUUCUUCCGAGAGCACGAGGAAGCCUUGGCGGCCCAGGCGAGCAGUGCCCAACAGCAGACGUGCGAGCCGGGCGCCUUGUUCCAACCGCCACCAGCCGAGCCCAUCCAGGUGACUCCCUCCCUGGCUGGCUCGGCCCUUGUUGGCUCUUCAACACCCUCGUCUUCGGCCCGGAAGCCCCAGCGGAAGCCAGGAAAGGGCCUUGGAGCACAGAAGGUCAGCGCCAACUUUCAGGACAUUGAGCGCGAAGCACAGAAGGCGGAUGAGAUGCGUGCAGCCAGUGCUAGCCAAGCCAGUUCCAAUCAGGCAGCUUCGAGUGUGGAUGCAGAGGAGGCUGCGAGACAGUUGGCCUCGAUGCGGCUGGCGUACAGAGACCUGGACAAGGACAUACGCAACAAGCAGGUCGAUCCUCGCAAGGCACAGCAGAUGGAGCGACUAGGCAUGGGCCUGGGCGGUAGCGGCCGUGCCGCUGUAUCGCACUCAGCACUUGCAGACAUGCGUACCAUUGCGCAAGAGACGCCACAGACCGCUGGCGGAGACCGAUCAAGCCACGAUUUUUUGAGUGGCACAGGCUUCUUCUCUUCAGGUGGCUCGCGAGGUGGUGGCUACGGCAGCAGCGCCGGUGACAGCCUGUUCGAUGAUGGGCCAUCCUCACGGCCAAUCCCGUCGUCCCUUUCUUCCUGGGACACUGUCACCACUUCUCCAGACAGAGACGAAAGUUCUGGCCGCAGUCGGCAUGUGGUUCAACAGGGACCGGCGACUGAUGAAGCCCGCAAGAAGUUUGGCAAUGCCAAGGCAAUCUCAUCUGAUCAGUUCUUUCACGGCUCUGCAGACUCUGAUUUUGAGAAGAGGGCCCAGCUGGCACGCUUCGAAGGCUCGUCGUCCAUCUCGAGUGCCGACUACUUUGGUGGUGGGCCAGGUUCGAGCAACAUGUCGCAUUCCAGCAGCAGCCUGUCGGGACCGAACCUGUAUGAGAUUCGAGAAGGAGUCCGGGACGGAGUCACUAAGGUGGCUUCACGACUUUCCUCGCUUGCAAAUGGUGUCAUGAGCUCUCUGCAGAAUCAUCAAGCAGCCUCGUAUGGCACCUUUGAUAUGAGCGCCAAUGAGGGCAGGGAUGAAGCUGGACAGUGACAGUUGUAAAGAAACCUGCAGUCACUUGGCUAGCAGAGCAUGCAACAGCAUGACGAUGGCUGAAAUAUAGACUGACCAGGUCGCAUGCAAGUAUAUAGAAAGUGAACCGUGCUCACGGAUCGUUACGGCUAUUGAAAAAGAGGCCUUUGGGACUGUUCCAUUUUUUUUUUUUUUCUGAUGAAGUUUGAAGAUGGUUCUGCGGUGGUCUUCAUGCCACUUCCCGUUGGUGCGUCUCUUGGGGCUGCCUACAGCGAAGGCCAUUAUUGAAAGUGCAAAUAAACAUGCCGUUUGUAGGUUUGUAA